CCGGUUCGAUUACCCCUAUUCGUGAUUCCGCCUUCUCCUCUUCGGUGUUAGAAAUCUCUCGCCCACCGUCUCUUUUUUUGGAGGGAAGUCUCUCGCUCCGUCGUCUCCCCGUUCUGUGGCAUCGAGAGCUCCAAGAAGGGCAUCAAGAUUCUAGUUUCGAUCAGGAAGUUCUUGCCAGCUUGCACUAACCAAUUAUGCAUUCUUGGCACAGAUUCUUAUUGGACAGAAUAAUUGUGCACAUGACUCAUGAUGUUCAAGCUGAUUCUUUGGAUGUCAUAUAAAUGAAGGAUGCUCAGAACUUAGAUUUUGAUUUAAAUUGGUGGUACAAUGAAUAGACCAAAUACCCGCAACAAAAAUAAGAGACAAAAGACUGAAGAUAACAAUGAUCCUUCCUCUGAGAUCCUGAGGAAGGUUCAUUUAACUGGUGAAAUCUCGAAAGGUGAUAUAUGCCAGCUUUAUUUGGUAUGGAAGCCCAAAUGUCAUGGCUGCCGUGGAAACUCAAAAGAUUCUCCUAAUUGUUUUUGUGGGCUCAUACCACCACCUAAUGGAGCUAGGAAGAGUGGUUUAUGGCAGAAGAUGCCAGAUAUUAUUCAUUCUCUUGGUCCAAAUCCUUGCAAGGACCUUCGUCCAUCGAUAGAUACACCUGCAGGGUUGACUAAUUUAGGUGCAACCUGCUAUGCUAACAGUAUACUUCAGUGCCUUUAUAUGAAUACUUCUUUCAGGGCUGGCAUAUUCUCUGUUGAGUCAGACCUUUUAAAGCAGCAUCCUGUUCUGGAUCAGCUUGCGCGAUUGUUUGCACAAUUGCACUCAAGCAAGAUGGCUUUUAUCGACUCAGCUCCUUUCAUUAAAACUUUGGAGCUGGACAAUGGUGUUCAGCAGGAUAGCCAUGAAUUCCUCACAUUAUUUCUCUCUUUGCUGGAACGUUCUUUAAGUCUUUCAAAGGUUCCCAAUGCCAAAACUGUUGUGCAAGAUCUGUUUCGGGGAACCGUAUCAAAUGUCACACGGUGCUCAGUGUGUGGGAAAGAUUCUGAAGCAUCGUCAAAAAUGGAAGACUUCUAUGAACUGGAGCUGAACAUUAAGGGUUUUGAUAAUCUAGAUGAAAGUCUAGAUGAUUACCUAAGCUUGGAAGAAUUGCGUGGAGAAAAUCAAUACUUCUGCGAGUCAUGUUUUACUAGAGUUGAUGCUACGCGUUGCAUAAAACUACGGUCACUCCCUGCGGUGCUUAAUUUCCAGCUAAAGCGUUAUGUUUUCUUGCCGAAGACAACAACAAAGAAAAAGAUAACUUCAGCAUUUAAGUUCCCUAGGCGACUAAAUAUGGGAAAAAGAUUGUGGGACCCCUCUGAAUCAGGUUUGAUGUAUGACCUUUCUGCCAUUUUGAUUCACAAGGGCACUGCUGUUAAUAGUGGACAUUAUGUUGCACAUAUUAAGGAUGAAAGCAGUGGGCAGUGGUGGGAAUUUGAUGAUGAGCAUGUUUCUAAGUUGGGUUAUCACCCCUUUGGAGAAGUCACCUCAAAUUCAUCUGCACCAAAGCCAAAGUUAAAUUGUUCCGGGCAAGUGGAAUCCAUUGCAAAUGGAAAACAUCUUAAAACUGACCAGACAACCGAUUCAGAUUUCAGCAAUCCUAUUCAUGAGAUAUUUUCUUCUACUGAUGCUUAUAUGUUGAUGUAUAAUCGUGUUACUGACAAGGAGACCAACAUCUAUCUGAACAGAAAAUGUGGGGCCAAUGAUAUGGACAUAGAUGUAAAGAACAGUUCUCUUCCACCUCAUUUGUCUAAUGAGAUUGAAGCGUUGAAUGCAUCAUAUGCCCAUGCUUGUGAAGACUACCAGCAUAGAAAAGAUAGGCAGGUGUCUUAUAUAACAGAACGUCGACAAGAAGUAAAAUCAGUUCUUUCAGAAGCCCCUGUUGACCCACUUGAAGAUUCAUAUUUUUGGGUUUCAACAGAAUGGCUUCGCCAGUGGGCAGACAAUAUUACUCCUCCCUGCCUUGACAACAGCUUAAUUCAAUGCAUACAUGGAAAAGUUCCUGUUUCAAUGGUUACAUCAAUGAAGCGUUUGUCAAAUACAGCUUGGCAGAAAUUGCUGUCUAAAUAUGGAGGGGGGCCAACAUUGAGCGGUGAUGAUUACUGCAUCGACUGUCUUAAAGAUAGGGCUAAGAAUGCAGCAUGUGCAGAUGAUUAUCGAGAUCGAAGAGCUUCUUUAAGGCAAGUGGCAGAGGCAGCCCUUGCUGGAGAUUGUCCAGAUGGUGCUUCAUAUUAUGUGUCUAAAACAUGGUUGGUGCAAUGGUUGCGUAGAAAAAAUGCUGAUUCUCCUUGUGAUGCUGAUGCUGGACCUACAGCCUCUCUUAGAUGCCCCCAUGGAAAUCUUCUUCCUGAACAGGCUGCUGGUGCAAAGCGUGUAGUGGUUCCAGAAAAUCUCUGGCUAUUUUUCUUUGAAAGUGCCAGUACAGUGAGACCUGAUGAUAUGUUGAAUUCUUCAGUCUUCCCUGCUGAUUCUGAACCAUGUGAAAUUUGCAGUAGGGAACUGACAGAAGUUGCAUGCAUGGAGGAUACCCUUAGGGAAGCCAAGCUUAAACAACGACAGAAUCAUGAUAAGUUAAUUUUGGGGAAAAGUUUUGCACUUUAUCCUGAUUGCAAAUACUUUUUAGUCCCUUCAUCAUGGCUAACGCAGUGGAGAGCUUAUGUCACUGCAACUGGGAAAAAUAUGUCUUCUUUUGCAGAACCUCAAAAUCUGGAAGUCACUAUGAAUUCACUUAUCUGUGACAAGCAUUCACGGUUGCUUGAAAGGGCACUUGAGCUAGUUUGCAAACGCGGUGUUAUCACCCAAAAGGUGUCAAGUACAGAUGGGUUAACACUUAUUCCAGAGAGUGAUUGGAUGCUCUUUUGUGAAGAGUGGAAUGUUUUGGAGGGAAAAGGCAUAUCUGCUGAAAUAGCUUUUUCUAACAGCACCACAAAUAAAUUAUCUGGAUCCUGUGGGGAGAUGCCAAUUUUGGAAGAAGAUUUGAACCGCUCAAUUGAUGAUGGAAAUGAUGAGUUGGAGUCUAAAAGACCUUUUAUUAUAACUCAUCCAGAGGUAUGCGAAGAUUGCAUUGGAGAAAGAGAAAGCUGCGAAUUGAUUAGGAAGCUCAACUAUUGUGAUGAAAAUAUAUGUGUAUAUCUUGUGCGUGGGAAAGAUGCUCCCAGAUCUAUUAAAGAAGCUUCUUUAAAUAUUUUUGAGCCAGAUCGUCGCACUUCCAAGCGUUCUAGGAAAACAUCAUUUGGGAAUUCAAUAAAUUUGAGAGUCUCUGGUACCACAUCUAUCUACCAGUUAAAAAUGAUGAUAUGGGAAGCUUUUGGGGUAUGUUAUUCAAUUAUAACAGUGUUGUUAAGGAGAACCAGAAGCUUCACAAAGGGACUGUAGAGAUUGAAGGUGAUUCUGCUACUCUUGCUGAUAAAAGUGUAUUCCCCGGAGAUGUCCUUUGGGUCACAGACUCUGAGAUCCAUGAGAAUCGUGAUAUAGCUGAUGAACUUUCUGAACAAAAGAUUGACUUGCAGCAAGCUGAGGAAGGCUUCCGUGGAACUCUCUUGACAUCGGAUGUGUCAGUUCAGGCCUUUCAGGAUACAUCAUCUGGUUGAUUGCUGUUUGUUUUGAACCAAGCGACUGGUGCUUCAACCUUUGCUAGUGACUUUCAGAAACAAGCAUGAUCCUGGGCCUUCAUGUUGGCUAUAUAAAGGUGUGUAAGAUUGAGGAACAUUGGAGGCACCAAGCUGGUUUACAUGUGUGGAGUUUACGGACUCCGCAUUAGGGCUUCGAUUCUUGUACUUAACUUGUGUGAGUUGUGAAAGCACAGGCUGCCAUUUUUCUACCUGACCUCUGUAAUUAACCAUCUCAAGAGAAGAAAUGAAGGGAGAUGGCUCUUCUAUAGUUGUUGUCAGGGGAUUUUGUUGCUUUACUCUCUGUGGCCAUAAUGCAUUUAUACUGGGGCUUCGAACUUUCUUACCGUUUA